AUGCUACCCUUACAUCGUACAAUGAAGAGUGGUAGCCGUGAUUUUUAUGAUGAUGAUAAAUAUGAAAAACUAGCUCAUCAUAAGAAAUGUCAACCCUUUAAGAAGAGCAAAAAAGUGUUUGUAUUGUUUGGUAUCUUGUCUAUCUCUGCUGUUUAUUACUUGUUCUGUUAUAAGCCUUCAUAUCAGGCAAUCAGAAAACCUGAGUCACCCCCUGUAAUCACAUAUGAAGAAGAACAAACUGUUAUAACUGAUGAAGAUCUCUUUUCAUCGCCUUUUCUGUUUACACAAUAUCCUCCACCUAAACAGCUUCGCCCUCAAGACGAAAAGACAGCCUUUCGUCAAAAAAAAAUUGUGGAAGCAUUUCAACAUGCUUGGAAGGGAUAUGCUCAAGAUGCAUUCGGUAUUGAUGAAUACCAGCCACUCACUCAUAAGGGGCAUAACUGGGCUCCAGGAGGUGUUGGAUUGAUGAUUGUGGAUGCCUUAGAUACCAUCAUGCUCAUGAAUCUCACUGACGAGUAUCAACAAGCACGUACCUGGAUACAAAAUCAUCUUGAUUUUAACAAGGAUCAAGAUGUCAAUGUGUUUGAAACGACCAUUCGUGUCUUGGGUGGUCUUUUGUCUGCUUAUCAUCUCUCUAACAAUGAUCCCUUAUAUCUCGAAAAGGCAGUGGAUCUUGGUGAUCGAUUAUUACCAGCAUUCAAUACAGAAUCUGGUAUUCCCAUCUCUGGUAUUACCCUCUCCAACGGUAUUCCUGUGGGUUAUGGUGCCAGUAGUACAGCUGAAGCUACUACAAUUCAAUUGGAAUUUAAGUACUUGAGCCAUUUGACGGGAGAUAUGAAAUACUGGAAUGCAGCUGAGAAAGUCAUGGAACGUAUGAAUGAACUUGUCAUGUCAAAAGAGACGGGAGUCAUUGAUGGCCUGGUGCCCAUCUACAUUGAUCCUCACUCUGGUAAUUUCGCUUCUCGAGAAAUCCGUCUUGGUUCCCGUGGCGACAGUUACUAUGAAUAUUUGUUGAAGCAAUACCUUCAGACAGACAAGUCGGAAAUUAGAUAUCGUGAGCAAUACGAUCAUGCUGUGGAUGGCAUUAAGCAACAUUUGAUUCAACACAGUUACCCUAACAAACUGACUUAUAUUGCAGAGCUUAUGGACAGUUCAAGGCCUUCUGAGAUCCAUCCCAAAAUGGAUCAUUUGGUAUGCUUUAUGGGUGGUAGUUUUAUGCUGGGCGUGACAGAAGGAUCGUUUAUUGAAGAACUGGAUCCCUUGGAUAAAAAGGAUUCUGAAGAUUAUCUUUUGGCACAGGAAAUUACACGCACUUGCUACGAAAUGUACAACAUGACAGCAACAGGAUUAGCGAGUGAAAUUGUUUAUUUUAAUACGGAUCCUACUAAUCAAGGACUUGAUAUGGAUAUUCAUGCAAGAGAUCGACAUAAUUUAUUGCGUCCUGAAACACUCGAAAGUUUAUUCUUGAUGUAUAGAAUGACAGGCGAUGAAAAGUAUCGUGAAUGGGGUUGGAAGAUAUUUGAAUCCUUCGAGGCACAUACGAAAUUGAAAGACGGCGGCUAUGCUGCAUUAAAAGAUGUUACAGUUAUUCCUCCACCUGCAGACAAUCGCAUGGAUACAUUCUUUUUGGCCGAAACAUUGAAGUACUUGUACCUUCUUUUCAGUCCUGACGAUAUUAUACCUUUAGAAAACUAUGUACUCAACACAGAAGCACACCCUUUGCCUGUCUUUACUCCCAAUUUCUUAAAAUAA